GCCUCGGUGUUUAGGGUGUGGUGUUCUGGCCUGGUGCUUUGGCACAGGUGACAUGGAGGAAAUAUCACCCGAAACAGCUGCCCUCCACUCUGAGGAAUUUCCAGAGCUGCUGGCACCAUUAGGUGACGACAACUCCUGCCAUAAUUCUGUGGCCGAUGAAGCACAAUGUCAAGAAGGAUCCUUAAUUCCACAAGAAUCAGAGAAGAUAGAACCUGAAGUGACAGAGGAUGAAGACCUUCAGAAGGAGAAGGACCAGGAGCAGGUGCAGGAGCAGGAGCAGGAGCAGGAGCAGGAGCAGGAGAAGAUUAUUCCCAUGACCAGUAACCCCACCUUCUCACAACAGAAGGAUGAGAUUCUGGGUCCGGAAACUGUGGCCUGUGACUUUUGCAUCGAAACCCAGAGGAAAGCCCACAAAUCCUGUCUCACCUGCCUGGUCUCCUAUUGUGGUGACCACUUGCGGUCACAUCUGGAAAAGAGCAAGUUCCAGAACCACAGGCUGGUGGAGCCACUCCAGGAUAUCGAGCAGCAUGCCUGUGAGGGCCACAAGAGACCCCUGGAGCUCUUCUGCCUGAAUGACAGCUGCUGCGUCUGCCAGGACUGCGUUGUUGAAGAGCACAGAGGACACAGGACGGCUACACUGGGGGACGCCAGAGGAGAAGUGGAGACUGAACUGCAGAAGGUGAAUGCAGACUUGGAAAAGAAACUGACAGCAGCAGAGAGUGCCAUCGGCAAACCCCAGAUCAACACCACCUCCAUUGAGAACUCCGUCAAGGAGUCCAAGAUGGCCAUCGAGGAGCAGUUCUCAGAUCUCCUGGAGGCCGUCAGAAAGGCAAAGAGGGAUGUCUUUGAUUUUCUGGAGGCUGAGGAGAAUGCCGCUAUGAACCAGGCCGAUGGUAUCAAGGCUCACCUGGAGCAGAAAUGUGCAGAGCUGAAGAAGACCCAGAGCCAAAUCAAGAAUCUGGCCAAAAUCAAGAACGAUGUGCAAUUCCUGCAGGAUUACGGGGAGUGGAAAAAGCACGCGUCUGACGACAGCCUGCCCAGCGUUUACAUCGGCCUUAAGGACAGACUGAACAGCUACAUGCAAGUUGUAACCGAAUCUUCACAAAACAUCCAAGGACUGCUGCACUCCAGCUACAAAGAUAAAAUCAAAGCGCUCAGCAAAGCAGAGAAAUUUGGGAUUAAAACCACAGUGGCUGCCAUUGUGCCCCCAAAACACCACAUAACAGCACCAGAACCGAAAUGCAGAGAGGAUUUUCUUCAGUAUGCCUCCCUCGUGACGUUUGACCCUGACACGACUCACAAGUUCCUGCGGCUGACCGAAGACAAUCGCAAAGUGACCAACACCAGCCCCUGGCAGCACCCGUAUCCCGAGAGGCCCGAGCGAUUUGAGCACUGGCGGCAAUUGAUGGGGGCCGAGAGCUUCUAUCUGAGUCGCCACUACUUUGAGGUGGAACUUCGGGGAGAGGCUUCACACGUCGGCCUUACAUACAAGAGCAUCAACCGCAAGGGGACAGAGAGCAACAGCUGCAUCACCGGCAAUGACUUCUCCUGGUGUCUGGCGUGGACUGGCAAAGACUUCUCCUACUGGCAUUGCGAUGUGGAGAAGCCCCUCAACGUGGGAAAUUUCUCCAGGAUAGGCAUCUACGUCGACUUUCCCCGAGGCUCCCUGGCUUUUUAUGGCAUCACUGAAUCCAUGAAGCUUCUUCACAAAGUGAAUGCCAACUUCUCUGAGCCGCUCUAUGUGGUCUGUUGGCUCCCCAGGAAAGAGAAUACAGUGCUGCUGGUGAAUCUCGGAGCUAAACCCUCACCGGGGAGCGAGCUGACGCAAUUGCGAGAGGAGCCCUGAGGGGGCAGAUGAUUCCUGAUUGACCAUCUAAACAAAAAAAAAAAAAAAUAACAGUGGUGCAAACUCAACUAUUAAAGUGUUACCAGGAAGGGAGUGAAGCAGUAGGACAGAAAAUGUAGAAAGGAUAAGGAACACAUAAUCACUGAAAAUUGAAAAGAGCAGUCAAACUGUUCAUCUGCUUUCUAAUCUGGACACCCACUUCAGGGUUGCAGGGAAACUCUGCUUAUUCUGGUAGGACCAUUUCACAAAAUAUUUUGAUUCUGUGUAUUGCAAAGUACUCAACAUGACAGGCCCGUCCAUCCCUCCCUGUUCUGAGCCUGCUUUGUUCAUUACCAGACAUUGGGUGCAAGGCAGGAACCGAUCCUGGAUGGGAGGCCAAUCCAACACUGAGCACAAUGGACACACUCGUGGUCCAUUUUAAAAAGCCAACGACUCUAAAGGCCAGGUCAUGUAGAUGACUUGUCAGUCAGAACCUUCACUUACAUAAUCUUAGCAAGUUGGAGGCACUUGGCAGCACACUCCAGUCAAACCAGCAGCCUAUUGUCACUGGGAUGGUCUGGGCUGGCUCCUAAAUUCAUAAACACCAAUAGUCAUGAACUGUCCGAGAUGAGCCAGGGCAAAGCAGGACACACACACACACAGUCAAGAGGUAGGUGAAAGUGCUUAGUGCAAGUAUUCACAUCAAUCAGAAGUGCAAUGCGCCAUCAAUAAAUAGGUAAUUCAUACCACAUGCACUUCACAACAGGUCACCCGCCUGAAGCUAAGCAGUUUCUGGACUUGGAUGGGAGACCAUCUAGGAAAAGAUUGGGUUACUGCAGGAAGAGAUGUUGGUGAGGUAAGCAGAGGGCACCUACCCUGUGGUCAGUGUGUGUAGUGAUGGGGACACUGUGUUGAAAAAAUGGCGUCCUUCCGAUGAGACGUAAAACCGAGGUCCUGACUCUCUGUGGUCAUAAAGAUCCCUGGGCAUCCUUUGUAAAGAGGCUAAAUUGCCCACCAUGACCUAGUCAUUCAAACCCCCCCCCCCCCCAAUCAACCCCUGUCUCUAAUUGGCUAUCUCUCUCACCACUUCACUACCUAACAGCUCCUGUGUGGUGAAUGGACUGGCACAAUAAUGGCUGCCAUUGCAUCAUCCAGGUGGGUGCUGUACAUUAGUGGUGGUUGAAGUGGCUCCCCAUUCGCUGAAGCACUUUGAGUAGUGAGAAAAGCACAUUAUAAAUGUAAAGAAUCAUUACUAUUAUUAAUCCAAUAAAAAACAAUGAGAUUAAAAUCUAAUAAUAAUAAAUUAGCGAUAAACAAUCCAUUAACAGAAGGUUAAACCUCCAUAGUGAGUAGUCACUACUAUUAGACUUGAAUGGCCUGUGUUGUUCCCUUUGCCAUCUGGAGUGUUCGCCCCUUCAGUAGCACAAAUGGUGCCCCUCUGUGUAUAUAUCACAGACUUUAAGCAGCGCCUGCCCCUGGGUGCCCCUUUAACUUUCCCAAGUGGCGCCCAGUGAGUAACAGGGCCCACUCAGUAUUAUCAGAGUUUGGCAACCGGGUUGGGUCCAGUGUGCGUGCCCCUUAACAUUCAUAAAUAGCGCCCCUCGCAGCCAUCUGUGUCAACUGGUGGAUUGACCGGCUCUGCAUAGAUGACCAGAGAAUUGGAGGUGAGGGAUACCGCCGCCACGUAAUUGGGCUUCUGCUCUCCUUCUCAUGGAUAGAGACAGCAUAGCCACGGAAACAUGGCUAACAUGAAAAGAAGAGCGGUGUGGGCCCGUAGUAUUAACUGACAGGCAAAGAACUGCAGUGACAUCUGCUGACAGUGAAGCACAUUGCGCUGGAUGACUGAUCGUGUUCACUGUAAAUGCAAGUCAUAUAUUCUGAAGGCCAAAGACAGUUGUACACACCAUUAAGGAUGGCGGUAACCUCAACACAGUGACCUGAGGUGCUGUGUUAUUCGUAAGAAAUGCCCGAACCACCAUUUUUUAAGGGGUCCAAGUGUUUCCUAGUAACAAGAAAUCCUAGUUACCUUAAUAAUUUAAAUGACAGAUUUUUUUUAUACACAAGAUUAGAAGGUUUUGCACACACACGUGUGAAUCACAUAGAAAGUGUCUUUUUUAGUGCUCUUUCGUGCACCUCUUGGUUUAUAAUAUGAGAGGCUCUGUCUAAAGCUAACUGGUUGAACUGUCCUGCAAGAAAAGAAAACCCAACAGUAUCAGAUCAUCUCAGGUCCAAUAUGCCACCCCACUAGGAAAGGUGCCAUUCAGAUUACAGACUGACUAGUCUAGGAGAGACAUCAUUCUUUAUUAGAAGACCUCAAGGUGUCAAAAACCAAGGUUUUAAUUUGACAGUAUUAAAUUAAAGUGCUGUUCCCAGUGUCACAAGAGCAAGACCAAGAAGUCAUAAAAAAGGUCUGGGGCAGCCACCUGUAUAUUCUCCCUGGCUCAGAGUCCCAUACAGAACUGAUUCUGUGGUUGUAAGAUGGCAGCUUUAAAGGCCAAAACAGGAUAUGACAUCAUCAAAGGGGCCGGAACUGGAAGGAUCUUCUUCCAUAGGCUCAGACCUGGACGUGAUGUCAUCAAAAGGGCCAGAACUGGAAGGUCCCUCCUCCAUGGGUUUGGGGCCGGAAGUGACAUCAUCAAAGGGGCAGGAACCAGAAGGAUCUUCUUCCAUAGGCUCAGACCCGGACGUGAUGUCAUCAAAAUUCCAGAACUGGAAGGUCCCUCCUCCAUGGGUUUGGGACCGGAAGUGAGUCAUCAAAGAGGCCGGAACCUGGAAGUGAGGUUGUCAAAAGGGCUAGAAAUGACAUCAUCAGGGCCAGGCAGAAUUUCCCGUGAACAGUCUGCAGGAAAGUGAGAAAAUGAGUCAGUGCACUCCACCGCCCUCAGGUCUGGCGUGGAAUUACUCUCUUUCAGGCCCUUUAGCUGCCUCCCAUGCGCACUUGUGUGACACCAGUCAGGGUUCAGCACCCAAGUAGACAAUACCUCAGAAUGGCGUGGACCUCUGUGAACUGUGGUGCUUUCACACAUAAAACUGAGCUGCUGAACUCCAUCAGGGUACCUGUGUGGGCAAUGCACUGCGUCACUUUACCAAGACAAGUCGGGAUGAGGGUUAGGGUUACAGUUAGAACAUGGCUGGAGAUUUCAGUAUUUGCCUAACAGUUAAUUCAAUUUGAGGAACAACACGAAUAUAAGAGGAGAACUUGAAUUUUGACAAAUAAAUGCAUUCAUGAAAUGAA